GUUACCUCCCAUGUUUGUCAAAUGCCAUUCUAAAACAAAGUUAUGUAUGUCAACAUCUUAAGCAAAGUUGCUGAACGGUUGGCAAAGGUUGGUUUGGAGACCCAUCCAUUUAAGAUUGGCUGGUACAAUGAACAUGUUGGUGAACAUUUCAAAUUUCCACUUGACUACGACACGUUUGCUCUUCUGGUGAUCAGCACACCAGACAUGUUUGAGAACGGGCUCUGGCAUUUCAUAUUGCGAGAAGAGUGUACUGGCACCCAGGACAUGCUGGACACAUUCCUCAAGGAACAGUUCAGUGCAAUCAAACAGAUGUAUGCAGACAUGGAUAUUGAGGCUAUCCAUGACUUUGAGAUGCUGCCCAAUCACCGGCCCCGUGUCCUGGUGCAGACAGCUGGCCAUGUAUCUGGGGCGGCCUACUUUUACCAGCAGAAAGAUGUCCACCCCAACCCAUGGGGAGAUAAGAAACUGUUUGGGGUCAGUAUUCACCCAAAGUAUGGUGGUUGGUUUGCCCUUCGAGGGGUCUUAAUCUUUAAGAACGUUCAGUGCCCUGAAUUGCCUCGACUCAAUCCACCUGACUGCGUUCAAUCGUUUGAACUCAGGAAAGAGCUUCUUGAACGAUUUAAUGAUCGGUGGCAGGACUGGUCUUAUAGGGACAUUAUUCCAGUCGAACACAAAUACUCAGAACGCCAAAAGCAAUAUUUUGGUACACUGCCAAAAGACAGAAAAGCUUUGAUUGAAAAGUGGAAAGCAGGUGGUGAAUCUCAUUGUAAUUUGUAGUUAAUUUCAGUAGAGUGUAAGCUCUGAGAUAAUAGAAUUAAACAGAGUUAUUUGGCUUAAAAUGUUUUGUAUUGUUGAUGCUUUAAAUUCUUGAGUAUUUCAGAUAUUGCUUAAAAAUCUCUGUUGAGUGUCUCGUACUUUUUAUGUUUUUUUCCCUUUUUCUAAAAGAACCCUUUAAAUUUUAGCAUUUAUGUUUGUUGCUGAUUUCCCAUAUAUUUUUUAUCUAAUUUCUAAUAUAAUUUUUAACUUCUUUUAGACUUCACAUUUGUUCAAAUUGAGUAUUUGUAAUGAUUUUUCAGCACCAAUCAUUAGGGCAAGGUUAAGUUACAAUGUAAUGUAAACCCCCAGCAUAUGAUUUUUUGAGGGGUAUAUUGCUGUCUCUGUGUCAGUUGGACGGUCAGUUGGUUUGUUUAAGAAAUAAUAUUUUUCUAUCAUGGUUUGUUGUCGAAUGACCCACAGUAAGGAGUAUAGAUGCGUAGGAAUUAAAUCACGAGAUUUGAUAACACGCAUCUAUACUCCUUACUGUGGGUUAUUCGACAACAAACCAUCAUAGAAAAAUAUUAUUUCGAUUCUUACACGAUUCUGAUUGAUUUGAUUCAAGCUUUUGGACGUGAACGAUAUUUUUCAAUACUCCGCCCUUCUAGUACAAAGUUCACUAUUUAGUGACGUCAUUGAAUUGUACAAACAUAUGACGUCGUUUUCAUUCAUAAAUAUUUUGCAAAUGACGUCACUUUUAUUGGAACAACAAUCGUAGAAACUAAAUGACGUCACGUUUAUUGAUGCUACUGAAAAACUGACAUGCU